AAUGACAUAUCAAAAUUCUAGGAAGUCAUAUUGAAAGUAUUGAUUAUUAAACUUUUUUUCAACCUAAUCAAUCGCUUUAACAAAUACGUUAGUUUUAUAAAAGGAGCUAUGAUAAAAGCAUGCUAUUACAUUGAUAUAAAUAUAUAUAUCAGUUUCGAUAUUUAGAUAACAAAAGUCGUAUCAAUGCAAACAACGACAUGUCAAAAGUUUAUAAUUUGGCAAGAAAUCAUGCGCAAUUAGGACUUUUAAAUAAUUAGUGUGCAUUAUUUGAUAUACAGAUGCCUGGGAUGGAAGAAGAGGAACAUCUUGGCGGCGAAGAAGACGUCUGCUUGCAUUGCAAAUGCAGACGAGAGGACGAUAGCAAACUGAUUAAAUCUUCAAUGCGUAAAAUAGCGUUUCUGACUGCUAUAUGUAGCGUAUUAUGUGUACUGACAAUCACCGCAUGCGGCUGUUCGUUAUAUUUCUACACACGUUUCCAAGGAUUUCGGCAGGAUCUUUUUGCAAUGGUCAGAGCGGACAUUGAUGAUGCAGACGACAUAUUGGACGAUCAUUUUUCAUUGGAGCACAAUGCAAUGCCAAUGUAUGGUGAUUCACUAGAUGACGAGUACGAUGACAAUUCAGAGAAUACAAGAUACAUAAGGGCAAGAAAGGGUGGCAAGAAAAAAGGAAAGGCUCGAAAAGACAAGAAAGGUCAAAGAAAAUGCUCAAAGAAAAAAAUGUCAACCUGUGAUUGUUGCACAAAGAAGCUUGGCGAGUAUAUUGACACAAAAAUUAAAGAAGUGGAGACUAAGUUGAAAGUACCAGAGCCGAAAACAACUAAAACAGUACAAAGCACAACUACCACACCAGUGGUUACUACCGAGAUCCCUGAAAAGAAACUACCAACAUAUGUGUCUGCAGCCCAUUACACAACAUAUGUAGGUACAGACUAUAUCAAUGAACAGUUUGGACAGUUGGAUCAUGAUUUUGAGAAAAAUAAACCCAAAAAAGAAAACGAAGCACAGAAAUUAGAAGUCGAGGAGUCAGACGAAGAGAUGUUUAUUGAUAAACCAGACUGGCAGGGUAUAUUGUAUAGAAAUAGAACUUUCAUCACAACCGCUGCACCUCUCACAUUACGAUUCUUUAGAGAAGCUGAUUGGAUGGGGAAUUCAACGACACCAAAACUGUUUGAUUUUGACCAAUUAACUGGCAAGUUUACAGCACUGCAGACCGGCCUAUACCAUCUGUAUGCUCACGCACAAUUCCGAAUAUCAAGAGAAUUGGGAAUAACCAUGGUUCACAAAACAAAAAGCGGGUUUGAAAUUCUGAACCUAUUUAAAUGUGCGAGCAACGAAACCCUACCUGGCAUGAAAGGAAUUGGAAAACCUUGUACAUUAGGAGGGGUUGUACAGAUAAAGGAAACUGAUACAAUAGAAAUACAAUUACUUGACACAGUAACACUCUUAAGUUUGAACCCUAAUCAUAUGUACUUCGGUGCACUUUUGAUACGACUUUUGUAGCCUUUUGAAAAUGGUAUAAUUCUCUUACACAACAUUAAUUUUAUUGUUUUGAGAGUAAUAAAAAUAUAGUUUAUAUAUAACCCUGGCCAAUUAAGCAAGCUAAUUUUAUUUCAUACUUUAAAACGGUUACAUUUAUUGCCCCCUUUACAAGGUGUAUUGCAGUCAAUAUAAAUAAUAAUAAUACACUUAAAUAUUAAAUAUACUUCAUUUUUAUGUCAAAGCAUUGUACAUUUGAUACCACGGUUGUGGCUGCGAUUACAGAGCAACUAGUAAAAUGUGAAAUAUUAUUAAUUAUUUUUGUGUAAUAACAACGUAGGAAACGAAAGAUUAGAAUUGUUUUAACACUGUCUUCUUUACCUGCUUCAAUAUGUUCUUUAUUUGGUUUCUUUAGAAAUAUGACAAUGUCUUAAAAGAAUUUUUAAUUUACAUGCAAGGCCUAAUCUCCUGUUGAUACUGAAUACGAAGCGACUUUUCUACCAAUUAUUUUUACAGUGUUUAGUAUUUUUCUUUUUCAUCAUAGCUGUUUGUAUUGAUUUCAAGAUAUAAGUAGGUUAUUGAUCAUAAAUGAAGCAUCUUUUCAAUUACCCCUCUUUUUCCUCUAUUUUCUCUACUUUAUUUUCAUUGUCAUUGUUACAUGUAAUCUGUGUUCAACAUAUUUUGUUAUAUCCGAACCCCCCUUUGUCAGAUAUAUAUUAAUGUAAAUUAUUCCCAAAUAAAUCCAUAUUUCAAUUUUUAAAUGUUAAAGACGGGAGAAGAAUAUUUGUCUCGAAAUGUUCUAAUAGGGCGCUCCGGAAAUACUUAUUUCGUAACAUAACACAUCUAAUCUAAAUAAUAAUAAUAAAACAAUGACUACAUGGUCAUAUCAUUUAUUCUACCAUUUAAAACAACAGCUGGGCAUUUAUCAAUUGUGGGUGUAAAAAGAUACUUUGAACAAUUAAUGUUAUCUUAUAGUUAAAUUUAAUUGUUGCAUAUCAGUUGAAAAUAUCGUUGUUUUUGUUAUCAUUUAUUGUUUAAAUAUUAUCAUUAAUUUUAUCAUUAUAUAACUAUUUUUUAUCGUUACAUUUUUUUUAAUUAUCAUCAACAAAAAUUAGAUUAAAAUAAAUAUCCAUAAAAAUAAAUAUGUUUAAAUCUUCCUUUAGCUAUUAUAAAGUUAAAUUGUUGUUUCAAUUUCAAACAAUAUUUAUUUCAAAUUGCACAACAUAAUUAUAUACAAUAAGCAUAUACAAACACAGUGAAAUAUUUUGUUGAUUGAAGAACAAGUCACGUGGGACUGAUGUAAAUCCCUUUACAUAUUUUUAAGUACUUGCAAAAGAAAGAAAUAUGCAUGUAUUCUGUUAGAAUAAUUCAAAACGAAACAACUCAGAUCCGAAAUGAAAAUGAAUAACUUUGGUAUAAAUAUUGUAGCCUAGAUUAAUGUUAAAUAUUGUUCACUAAAUGCUACAAAUAUGUUUUAUGGUUGUCAAAAUAUUGCAAUCCAUUUUCUAAAGUGCUAGUUGUCCAAAAAAAAUCUAAAUAUAUUUUUAUUUGUACAAAUAAUACACUAUUUACCAUGCCCGUUGAAUGCAAUAAAUCUACGUCACAACUGGUAUAUAUUUUUCAAAUUUGUCCUGGGAAAUAUAAAAGUACUAUUUUAUAUAUUUUUAUGGCUCAAAAAUACUUCUACACUUCAAAUAUUUUAAAAAUAUAUACUCAUGUUUUUUCUAUAUGUUAAUUAUAUUACAUAUUUCUACAUUUUGAUCUAUGUUAAAAAUACAGUUACAAUAUGAUAUUUAUCUAAAUAUUAAAAAUAUAAUGUAUAUGUUCAUUUAGUUAAUUAAACGUUAAUAUUUUAAUGCUUAUCUAAAUAUUUGAAAUAUAUUUUCACUUAGAUGAUUAAAUGUUAUUUCUUUAAUACUUAUCUAAAUAUUUGAAAUAUAUAUUCACUUAUUAACCUAACAUUAGAAACAUAUAACUAUUUUUUUUCGAAAUUGUACAAAUUCAUUUCAUAUGUCGGACUUUUUUUCCAUAUCAUUCUUUGUAAAGCAAAACAUGUCUUUAAAGUACACAUUUCUUUUUUUAUAUCUAUUGGUGGUUUUAUAUAUAUCGUUUCAUAUUUGUAAAUAUUUCAUCUCAUAAACUGAAAGUAUACAUGUACGUUUCGCAGUAUAUUAUAGCUGUAUAUAUAUGUAUGUAUACAGAAAUGUCUGUAAUAAUGAUCUAAAAUGUUUUCUUCAAUCAUGAUUACAGAAUGGUUAAAUAAUAUUUGUCAUUUAUUGUAUGAUGAUGAUCAUGUAAUAUGUUACAUAUGAAUUGACAUAUUUUUGUUAUUGCUUAAAAUAAUAUUAAACGUUUAAAAAUGUUUCCAAAUUAUUUGGUUUCUUUAUAUAACUUGUGAAAAUGACACUUUGUGAAGUGAUAUG